GUUUCGUAGCCUGACGGGGCGGAAAGCCGAGCGAUGUCUCUGCGGUGGCGUUUACGGUCCCCUGGGCGUGCGGGUGCAGGAUAUUCAAAGAACACUUUAGGAGGAACACUUUCUGUGAAAGACAAAUCUAGUCAAAAGCACCAUCCUCCUGAUGUGUUUGACUUUACUGACCAUUCAGUGAACUCGAGCAGGCUGAGUGAAAAUGAGAAAGACGAAGAACCUUAUGAAACCUUUGACCCUCCAUUACAUAGCACUGCUCUAUAUGCUGAUGAAGAAGAAUUUUCCAAUCACUGUGGAUUAUCUGUCCCUUCAACUCCUCAAGGAAAAAGAACGAAAAAUUCAAACACUUCUGAAAAUGAGGGAAGUGAAGAUGAAUCUGUGAAAAUUAGUGCAGAAAAGCGAAGAAAACUUAAGCCCCUUAGUGAUGAGUCUGAAAGCUCUGACGAAGGUGACAUAACACGAAAGGUUAAAUCAGCACAGAAAAUCAAUACUCAGCAGCAUGAAGCUGUUCCUGCUACAGCAUCUUCAGAGCCUUCAGAAAAACCAGCUGGACCAGUCACUCCUAGAAAGACAGGACCCCUCAGGGCCCAGUCCUCUGUUGAAAAGGAGACAUGUGCAACUCAAAGUCAGCCGAAAAUUCAGAAAAAAAGGAAGCUAUCUCCCGGCAAAAGGAAGAAAUCAAGAAGUAAAGCCAAAGACUCAGAUAUUUCUGAUAGCGUGCAUAUUUGGUGUUUGGAAGGAAAGAGAACCAGUGACAUCAUGGAGUUGGAUAUUAUUUUGUCUGCCUUUGAGAAAACCAUCAUAGAGUAUAAACAAAAAAUAGAAUCUAAAGUUUGUAUGGAAGCCAUCAACAAAUUUUAUGUUAAUAUUAAAGAAGAACUUAUCAGAAUGCUCAAAGAAGUCCAGAUGUUGAAAAAUUUGAAAAGGAAGAAUGCUAAGAUGAUUUCUGAUGUGGAAAAGAAAAGGCAGCAUUUGAUUGACAUCCAGGAUGAACUGCUUCGGUUAGAACCACAGCUGAAACAACUACAAACAAAAUACGAUGAACUUGAGGAGAGAAAGUCAUCCCUUAGGAAUGCCACACAUUUCUUAUCUAAUUUAAAACAGCUUUAUCAAGAUUAUUCAGAUGUUCAAGAGAAAGAACCAAAUGUAAAGGAAACGUAUGAUUCAUCCAGCCUUCCAGCUCUGUUAUUUAAAGCAAGAACACUAUUGGGAGCUGAAAACCAUUUGCAAAAUAUCAACCAUCAAUUAGAGAAGCUUCUUGACCAGGAAUGAGAAAACCAUUCUACUUAAAUGUGC